AUGCCCAAGCCGCAGGUAGACUACGCCCUCUACCUCGUCACCGACUCCACCCCCGCCAUCCUCGGCGACCGCGACCUGGGCUCCGUCGUCGCGGCCGCCGUGAAGGGCGGCGUCACCUGCGUGCAGUACCGGAACAAGACCAAGGACACUGGUGACCUGGUCGCCGAGGCCAAGAAGCUGCACGAAGUCACCCGCGCGCAUGGCGUGCCUCUGCUCAUCAACGAUCGGGUUGACGUCGCCCUGGCGGUGGGCUGCGAAGGCGUGCAUAUUGGGCAGGAUGACAUGGACCUGACCACUGCGAGAAAACUCCUGGGCCCGGAUGCUAUCAUCGGCGUGACAGCGAGCACUAUCGAUGAAGCACUCAAAGCGUGCGAGGGCGGCGCGGACUACCUGGGCAUUGGAACCGUCUUUGCAACAUCAACUAAAGAAAACACAAAACACAUCAUCGGCACCGCAGGCCUGCGUGAUAUCCUCGCCGCAAUCGACUCCGCAGGUCACUUCCCCGCCGUCAAGACGGUCUGCAUCGGCGGCAUCAAGUCGACCAACAUCCAGCGCGUACUUUACCAGUCCGCAACCCCCGCGGGCCCGGCCAUCGAUGGUGUUGCCGUCGUGAGCGCCAUCGUCGCAGCCGAAGACCCGGAAGCGGAGUCGCGGAGGUUGCUCGAGCUCGUGAGGUCCAGUCCCUCGUACCAACAGGUUGUCAAGACGGGCACAGGCGUGAGCGAUGUGAAGCAGCUUGUCGAGCUUGUUCCUGAGGUCGUCAAGGCUGUUGCGCAGGCGUCACCUCUUUCGCAUAACAUGACAAACCUGAGAGGCAAGGUGGUCCAAAACUUCGCGGCAAACGUGGCCCUCGCCGUCGGCGCCUCUCCCAUCAUGGCCAACUACGGCGAGGAAGCCCCUGACCUGGCUCGCCUAGGCGGCGCGCUGGUGAUCAACAUGGGCACCGUCACCCCCGAUGGUUUGGCAAACUACAUCAAGGCCCUGGCUGCGUACAACGCGGCCAAGAGACCCGUGGUCUUUGACCCCGUUGGCGCCGGCGCAACAGCCAUCCGGAGGUCGGCCGUCAAGACCAUCCUCUCCGGCGGGUACCUGGACCUCAUCAAAGGAAACGAGGGCGAGAUCGCGACAGUGUACGGACAGUCUCUGGAGCAGCAAAAGGGCGUCGAUUCCUCCUCGACGCUCUCCCACGAACAAAAGGCCAAGCUCGUCAAGGUUCUGGCUUCGAGGGAAAGGAACGUGGUAUUGAUGACGGGCAAGACCGACUACGUCUCGGAUGGCGUGCGGACGUUUGCGGUCGAGAACGGGCAUGAGCUGCUCGGACAGAUUACCGGUACCGGCUGCGUGUUGGGCACGACCAUUUCCGCGAUGCUGGCGGCCAAGUCUGACGACAAGCUUCUUGCCGUGAUUGCUGGGCUGUUGCACUUCGAGAUCGCGGCCGAGCACGCUGCCGUCAGGGGCGAUGUGCAAGGCCCUGGCACUUUUGUGCCGGCUUUCAUUGACGAGCUUGCGAGGAUACGGAACCAAACCGUCGGGGGUGACUUGAAAUGGUUGUCAGGGGCAAAGGUCGAGGCCGUCGAGGUCCAAUGA